UCAAAUCAAAAUAGACGAAAUGUUAUUCAAUCGAUGAACACACGUUUGUUUUUAUCUUUGUUUAGAAAAAUAAUAUUUUAAAUUAAGUGAAAGUUGAAUUAGUCAUUGUAUUAAAGUGUUUGAUAGUUUACUGAAAGAAGUAAUCGAUAUAUUUAUUAUUGUUAAUUUUACAUAACCGGUAACCAUGAGGGUUUAUUUGUUAAAAAGUGUGUCACGAGUGAUAGGCGCGAGAUUUUAUUCGACGCCUAAUUAUAAAAAAGUUACACAUUGCAUUUUCGACAUGGAUGGACUUCUGCUUGACACGGAACUAGUGUAUAAGAAAAUGAUAACACAGUUAUGUGCAAACUAUGGCCACAAAUACACAGAUGAGUUGAUGAUGAAGAUACUAGGUGGGACGGAGCAGAGGCUAUCAGAGAUUCUGUGCAAAGAACUGAAGUUACCGAUCACACCCACAGAGUUUAGAGACCAGUUGCUCGUUCUAGGAGAUACUAUGUUGGCUGGAGCACCUUUGUUAGAUGGUGCAGAAAGGUUAAUACGACAUCUCCACGCAACCAAAGUUCCCUUCGCCUUAGCAACUUCUUCCAGCGCUCGAUCAGUGGAGACCAAAAUAGCUCAAUACAAAGAAUUGUUCUCUUAUUUCCAUCAUAUGGUGAUGGGGAGUACGGAUAAGGAAGUGAAGUAUGGGAAACCACACCCUGAUAUAUUUCUGGUGGCCGCUGACAGGUUCCCUGAUAAACCUCAUCCGUCUAAGUGUCUAGUAUUUGAAGACUCUCCUCACGGUGUCACAGCGGGCGUGAAGGCAGGCAUGCAAACUGUCAUGGUGCCAGACCCACACUUAGAUAAAAAGCUAACAACACACGCCACCAUCGUACUACCGAGCCUAUCAAAAUUCCAGCCAGAACUGUUUGGAUUACCGCCGUUCCAGAGUUGUUAAAAAAACAUGAAAAAAAAAUCUAUCAAUCGUGUGUGCAAGAUUUUAGCGUUUUGAACUUUAUUCUAAGUUGAUUUUAAAUUCAAAUAUGAGUGGUACCUAUAGUUUUUUUUUUAUUUACAGAACAUGGUAUGUAGUAGUUGCCAUUCGAUACCUUUAACAUGUUCUAAGAGUGUGUACUUUUGAGUCAAAAAAUAAAAUACUGUUGCUUCUCACACUCUUCAAUAUUUGUAGAAUGUAUACUCAAACAUUGGGCUUCCUACCAGUCCUGGAAACGAGCCUAUAAGAUAAUAAUUUACUUAGUUUAAAUAAGUACUACCAGAGCAUGAAAAAGUUCCCUAUUUCUUCAACGUAUUGUAUAGAAAUACACAUAUUUUUGUAUGUAGUACUUACAAGAUAUUUUUCAUGGAUAAUAGAUAAGAAACUUACUCCAAACUGAAUUCUAAAAAGAAAAUAAUAUUUUGUAGUUUAUGUAAGGUUAAAAUAAAUAAUUCAAAAACGAAAGUACAAAAAUCGAGUUACACAAAUCUUAUGAUCAAUUAUUAAGUGAUUUUUAGUCAAUUAAUACCAUUUUUUAUAUACCUAGUACUUAAUUUGUUAGAUUUGUAUUGCAUGGUGAGCAAUAAAGAGUUUACGGGUAGUAAAAUAUGCCAUCAUUCAAUAAUUAUUGUAAUAGGUAUAGACAAUAAUGCCCUACAAAAUAAAAGUAGUCUAAGAGAGAAAUAUUUUUAAACGAUGUUUCAUGGAUUUAUAAGAAACUGCCUUGUCCUAAUCAUAGAGUAACUUCUCUUUACAGAUUUUACCGCCAAUUUUUGGGGAGCCAUUUUGAUUUGUUUGUCAGAAAACGCUUGUAAAAGCGAUUAGUUAAAUAGAUAAUAAAACAAUGCAAUCAGGGUUAAACUAUCACAUCAAGUGCUAUUUUAGAAUUUCAUACCUAAGGUGUUGUCAUGUAGAAUAACUAUCCCAAUUACACAACAACUGCCAUAAUUUACAUAUGUACUGCAAUUAUCUGCAGUAAUCAUUGUUUGUUGAUAUUUUUUUAGUUUAAUUUCUGUCAAUAGUGCAAUCAUUGUAACAUAGAUGCCAUCUACAUUUAUAAGUAAAGUUGUUUAUUUACAAAGUCUGGUAGAUGUAGAUGAUUUUAAGCAAUAAAUUAUUUGUAUAAGAA